AUGGUUGUCUUUGUUGACUUGGACAAGGAGAGCGAACCUCCAGAAGAUAUCAGAUCAAGACUCGAUUGGGGUAUACAUGGACAUAAUGGAAUAAGAGGCCGAUAUGGCGUUGAGAAUGUGGCGGACAUCCAGCCGGAGACUAUCAAGCCCGAUGUGAUGGAAAGGCCAUGCAGAACUCCUAUUGCAGAGGCAUUGGGAUGCUAUCCUAUUGUCAUUUCAAUAGCAUCGCAUCUCGAUCUCAACAGUCUUGACGCGCUAUCAAGUACUUGUCGCCAGAUUCGUGCAAACCUGUUACAAUACAGAAAGCAGUUGUUGAAUUCGACAUUGCAUUGCGAGAAUGAGGAUGUCGAACUAGACCCUGAGCAUACCUUUCGAUAUCGUGCGAGGGCGGCAGAUUACUACUUCGUAGAUGUGGGAAGGGACACCAGCAGUCGAAACGGCAAGGUCGGUGAUUGUGCACGAGACAUGGUUGGCGGUUGUCGAAGAUGCGGAAGAGUUGUUUGUAGAAAUUGCACUAUCAAAGCUCCUGCCAAAAUCCUCCUUCGGAACCGCCACCGAAGAAUUUGCAUGGCAUGUUCUCGGGUUCCUCUCUCCUCCCUCGUCAGUCGUACAAUCGCUCAAGCCUAUAAUCGACCAGAAGAUUCAGCUCCACAUGUAAAUGCAGAAACCGUCAAACGCGCUGUUUGUAAGUGUGCUACGGAAGCGGUCUGGCUUUGUCAACCUUGCGGCCGCAGCCUUCGAACUACAGAUACCGAAUAUGAAGGUAUCUGGAAAUGGCGAACGAGAUAUCUUCCAUCCCUUGGCGGAUUGGGAGUUGGCAUUGGUGAAGGCGACCGGGGAGUUCCAUGCGGUCGUGGUCCAGAAUGCGUUGCAGCUAGAGAGGUCGAGUCUGAAAUUGAUUGCGACGCAGAAGAUGCUAGAGAAAGUGAACAUCUCAGCAGAUCCGGAACACCUUCUUCGAGUCCAUCAAGCUCGAAUGGAAGCAUCUCUAGCGGACACCUGGGUCCGGGCUAUGCCAGACAUGAGAUUGAGGGAAUAGGAGGUGUUGUCAAGAAGAAACUCGUGCGAAUGGUCAAAGUGGGUGCUUGUGUGCCAGAAUGGGCCGAUGAGAAACAGCAAGGCAAGUUCUUGGUUAGGGAAGUCGAAGGCAAGGCUCGAAGCUGGUGUGGUUGGUGUUGGAGAGCGAUCCCAGGCGCCAAAGACGUGAUAGAAUGA